AACACAGAAUGUGCAACGAAUGGUCAUCGACAUCUCUAGCGAAAAAUUGAUGCGCCAAAAUAAUAUAAACUAAUAAAAAAUUGGCCAAAUAAAACGUCAUCAAUGGUACUAAAUCAAUAAACAGUGGCUGAGUGUUUUGCAUAAAUAUAAAAAAUCAUCAAUUACUGCAAAUAAAUAGUUGUUUUCGUAGAAGAAUCAUAACAGCCAAUCAGGCAACACUGUCAUGGGUCUAGGCUACGGCAGGGAGGGGAGAGUCGAGUAGCAAGCCAAGCGCAAAACAAUACAAAAAUAAUGUGAAAUGUUGUACAGUAAAAAUAUUGCAAGAGAUAAUAAUUAUUUAUAAUAAAAGAAAAGUGUAAAAGUGGCGUUUGUAAAGGAUUACCUAAAUUACGAACGUUAUUUUUUUCAAAAAAUGCAGCAAGUGGAUGAUCCGCCUUCAUUGCCCGUGGGCACGGAGGUCAGUGCCAAGUAUAAGGGAGCAUUUUGCGAGGCAAAAGUCAGUAAAGUUGUACGAAAUAUUAAAGUGAAAGUCGCCUAUAAGCAGGGCCUGGGCUCGGGAAUCGUGUCAGAUGAUGCCAUUAAAGCGCCCACUGGUCAGUUGAGGGUGGGAGCUGUUGUCGAGGUGCGUCACCCGGAUCGCAAGGAAACCGUCGAAGCGACCAUAACAAAAAUUCAGGAUUGCUCCCAGUAUACGGUGGUGUUUGAUGAUGGAGAUAUUACCACAUUGCGUCGCACAGCGUUGUGCCUAAAGAGUGGACGUCAUUUUAAUGAGAGCGAAACGCUAGAUCAAUUGCCAUUAACCCAUCCGGAGCACUUUGGCAAUCCGGUGGUGGGCGGCAGACGUGGCCGUCGCCGGGGUCAGCUGAACAAUGAAGAUAGCUCCGAUGAUGAGGAUGAAAGUGAGGCUACCAAGGAGUUGGUUAACGAAAAGGAGGAGCACAUUGGCAAGGUCGUGUGUGUGGAAACUGAGACGAAGAAAAAGGACAAGGAAAAAUGGUUUCCUGCCCUUGUGGUGGCACCCACUGCCCAGGCCACAGUGCGUAUACGUGUGAAGGAUGAAUAUCUAGUGCGCUCCUUCAAGGAUGGACGUUAUUAUACUGUACCGAAAAAAGAGGCCACCGAAUUUACACGGGAAGUGGCCGCCGGAAAACAGGAUGUGCCUGCUGUGCAGGCAGCUUUGGAGUUCUUAGACAGCAGCAUCCUGCCCCCUCAUUGGGAUCGUGAUUCCCUCUUUGGCCUGUCGAAUAUCUCUAGCGAUGAUGAGGGCGAAAUCGAUUCAGACUCCUCCGACGAUGAGCCGCAUGAGGAAAAGGAUCGCUUUGUGGCACAAUUAUAUAAGUAUAUGGAUGAUCGUGGCACUCCCCUCAAUAAAGUGCCCUCUAUACAGAGUCGCGACGUCGAUCUGUACCGUUUAUUUCGUGCCGUUCAGAAGCGUGGCGGCUACAAUCGUGUGACCUCACAAAAUCAAUGGAAGCUCAUUGCCAUCCGACUGGGAUUCACGCCAUGCACGGUGAGUGUGAUGAAUCUAGUAAAACAGGCCUACAAGAAAUUCCUACAACCCUAUGGCGACUUCAAUCGCAAACUGGGCUGUUCCAUGCUGAUGACCUCAAGGAAUUCAGGGAAUCGCAGCAAGGGACGCAGUCUAGUGCGUGCCAAUUCUGUGGCCUCGCCCAAACCAGUCGAGACCACUAAAACCGAAACCAUCAGCAAAUUGGCAGUGCCCAAUCAAACCGCCACACCCACACCUCCCACAGCGGCACAAUUGGCAGCGGCAGGCGAGGAAUCUGAAAACACCAGCGAAUCUAGUGUGGUGGUUGAGCCUGUUAAGAAACAACGUAAAGGCUCUGCCGCUGGAGGCAGCGGCGGCGGCGCCAGUGGAUCAGGAGCUUCUAAUACCGCCAAUAGCAGUGCCCAGUCUGGUGGCAAGGUUAAAAGUUUAGUCGAGAAAUAUGAAGAGAAGUCUUCAGCAUCUGCAACAACGGCAGCAGCAGCAGGGGGAAGCAACUCUACUUCUGGUUCAUCUUCAGGAGCAGCAGCAGCAGCCACAUCAUCGACAGCUGCAUCUACCAGCAAAGAUCCAGAGGGUGAUGUGCCGCUGUCCAAGAUUAAGGCGGCUGCUGUAGCAGCAGCCGCCGCUGCAGCAUCAGCAGCUGCAUCAGCAACAGCUGCAACAGCAACCACAGCUGCCACAACUUCAACUGGGGCAUCGAGAAAGAGUAGUAGCAUCGAAAAGGAACCCACUACCGGCAGCGGCAGCAACUCAUCCACCAAGGAUACGCAAAGAAGUCGCGAUGCCUCACCAGCUACAGCAGCAACUACAAGCGCAACAGCAGCACCUUCGUCCUCGUCGUCGACGUCGGCGGCAACAACGAAAAAGGAAAAACAUCAACGCAGCAAACAGGUCGAAAAACAACAGCAGCAACAACAACAACAACACGGUGGACCCGGUGGUAAACGUAAAAAGGAUGAAAUAACGGUUGUAGAGAAAAUUGAUACUGGCGAUUUUCUUGUUGGCGUUGGGGAUAAACUAAAAGUCAAUUAUCACGAAAAGAAAUCACCGAGCUCCCAUGGCACCAGCACCUAUGAGGCGAAAGUCAUUGAGAUUAGUGUCCAACGUGGUGUGCCCAUGUAUUUGGUUCAUUAUACGGGCUGGAAUAAUCGCUACGAUGAGUGGGUUCCUCGUGAGAGGAUAGCCGAGAAUUUAACCAAGGGAUCGAAGCAAAAGACCCGCACCGUAAGCACAAGCAGUCUGAACAGUGUUGGUGGAGGAGCUGGCGCUACUUCAUCUCCUGCUGUUGGUGCUGGUGGUCAGGGGAAUAGCGGUAAUAGCUCAAAUACCGUUAGUGGUGCUGGUAGUCUUGGCGCUAACACCUCCACACAGCCACCUGGCUCCAGUGCCUCUGGACAUCAACAGGUGGGCGGAAAAGAGACGAAACCAUCAUCGAGUCUGGCUGCUGGAGCUGCACAAUCACAAACAGGAAGCACAGCUGCUGGAGGUCAAAAUCAGAGCACGUUGGUUAAGACAACCGGCAGUUCAACGUCUGGUGGUGGCAAUGCCAGCGGAACAGCAGUAACAUCGGUUGCCAAACGUGGCCGCGGACGCAGUGAUUCGAUGCCGCCACGUUCAACCACUCCGUCGUCGGUGGCCUCCAAUUCGAGUCGUACCAAAUCGCCAGCUGCAUCGCAACUGAAGAAACGUCCCACCAGGACACUUACGAACAGCAGCACCAGCAAUAACCCAAAUCAAAACAGUGGCACCAACAGCAGCAAUUCCCGACGCAUUUCCGAUGCCUCCAUGGCCACAGAAAGUGAUUCCGAUUCGGAUGAGCCAGUGCGUCGACCAAAACGGGGACCCCAAGCAGCAGCAGGAGGAGCAGGUGCCAGCAGUAAGGAAUCAAAGGCCUUAGGCAAAGGUCCUUCCGCCAAAGGAAGAUCGUUGGCGGCUGUGGCGGCGGCGGCUGCCUCUGCUUCCUCGUCCACCACCUCUGUUAAUGCAGCUACGACCAACUCAUCGGCCACAGUGUCCAGUGCCAAUUCAGCACAGAGACGCAGUCCCAGUGACGAUGACGACAGUGAUGAAGAUGCCGAAGAGGAAGAGGAACCACCAGCACAGCCACCCGCAAACAAACCAUUGGUCCGUUCACGCGCUUCCACCGGAAAUCGUGCCAUGAGCAGUGGUGCCGUUUCAUCCAAAGGUCGUGACUAUGAUCUUAGCGAAAUACGUUCCGAGCUUAAAGGUUUCCAACCACAACUACAAGUGCAAACCUCAACCAAACUGGCUGAUCAAGAGGAGCGCAAAGAUCUGGUAAAGAAGGAGUCCAUAACGAACGUUGCCCAGGUGGAGGUGGUUAAGAAGGAGGUCAAAAUGGAAUCCGCCAAAAGUAGUUCAACGGAAAUGUCCUCCGAAGCGUCCGAUUCGUAUGCUGAUGAGGAUUCACAGUCAUCAGAUAAGCCAGAGAGGGUGAAGACUAGAUUGAAGCAAGAAGAGGUUAAAGUUGAAGAGGCCACCACAACGGAGAUUAAAACGGAAGCCACCACGACAACAGCGUCCACGCCAAAAACAGAAAUCAAGGAAGAAGAUGUUAAGCCUAGCCUAGUAAAGGCUAGCAAAGUAGCUUGCCAUGGCGCAAUAGGAUCAGGAGGAGCAACUGCAGCAGGAGUAGAUAUCAAGCCGCCUGCGUUUACUUUGCAACGGCAUCCAGGCAACAGCUCCUCCUCCUCCUCCUCCGCCGCCGCCGCCGCCUCCUCCUCUGCAGCAGGAUCUGCUGUUAGUAGCAGUACCAGCGCUAAAUAUACAUCGGUCAUUGUGGAGAAGCCACAAACUACUAGUGGCGUGGCCAGUAAGAAACACACAACAGCACCAGAACAGCAGCAUCAUCAUCAUCAAGGGGUGGCAGGGAUCAAGAAACAGGCGACAUCUGGACAAGAAACUAAUAAAAAAUUUAUUGAACCCAUUCAUCACAAAGAGAUGGCCACAUUGAAGGUGGAAAUGCCAGCAGCAUGUUCGCCAACAUCCUCCUCAUCGUCAUCAUCCAGUGGAUCGUCGUUCUGUUCGAGUGGCACAACAAGUUCAGCGACACGUUCCUUGCCAGAUAUGAGUAAGCUGGAGAUAAGUGCUCCGACCACAGGGCCAUCUUCAACAUUGCCACCUCCUCCAGUUAAGGAAAGCAAAUAUAGUAGCAACACUACCACUACACCCAGCAGCAGCAGCAGCAGCAGCAGCAGCAGUGGAACAAUGUCAUUGUUACCACAACAGGGAGCCACCGCAGUGGCUUCGUUAGGUGGAGGACUGGGUAACAAGUUGCUCUCUUCGGACAUAUAUGAGUUUAUGGACACUGAACCAUUUGAAUUCGAGAAGCGCAUCUCACCCAUGGCAUCGGGCGGCACAUGUACUGUUUCCUCAACCUCAAACUCAGCUCAAUCUCAAUCCUCAACCUCUGUCAUAACACCGUCACCAGUUGCCACCAGUGGUGGACCAAGUGGAACUAUAACGACAGCUAGAAAACAAGCUCUUAAAGCCGCCAAUAGUGCCCUACAACAGAGUGCAGCAGAGCAGCAGCAGCAGCAUAAUUUGCCUUCUGUUGUUGGUGGCACAUCGAAUAGUAUGGUGACAUCGGCAUCCAAACCUAAAAAACGAGGAUCUCCCCUUAAGGAAGCUACCCUGGGCCAUGUGGAUAAGGCUAAGAUAUUCAAAUUAGAUACGGAUAAGGAUAAAUCGAAAGAUAGAGAUAAAGAGAAGGAGAAAACUACUUCAGUUGCAGGAGCUGGAACUGGAGCUGGAGCUGGAGCUGGAGCAGGAGCAGGAACAAAUGUAAAAGUGGCCAAUGUUGGAGCUACUCCAGCUGCCACAUUAACAACUCAACAACCCUCUACAUCCUCACCUUCUGUCUCUUCCUCCUCGUCACAUUCUUCUGCUCAGCAUUUAUCAUCGACGCCGUUCGAUGUAUUACGCAAAUCGCCUAGCUUUAAUCUCAAUAUGACGGCCCUAAAUGAGGAAUUGGCCCAGACGGUGCAGGAAACUACUAGAGCUUUAACGGAUGCCUUACAGCCACCGACACCCAGUACGCCGCCAAGUAGUAGUACUACAGGAGGAGUUGGAGUAGGAGUAGGAGUAGGACCUGCACAUGCAACUGUUUCACCUGCUUCCUCUAUUGGCAAAAUGACAACACCGCCAGCCCCGGCCGCAUCUGCUAGUGGUCCUCCCAUCGUUGGCAGUCCCUUCAUUGAGACACGCAACGUCUUCGAGCUAAGCACCUCGAACGAGGGCAGUGGCUACAGUUCAGGUGAAUCAAAGGAUAAUAAAUUAGAGAAAUUGGAAAAUGUCAAGAUACUACUAGCCGGCGAUUUGGAUGCUGUUAAAUAUGAACAGAAGCCGAGCUCCAUAGCCGAUAAAGUCCUUAAGGCCAUCAGUCAAAAGAAGGAAGAGGUAGAGAAUAGCAAAAGUAAACCAAAUGAUGUGGUAUCAUCGACAACAGUUCCAACAUCGUCGUUGCUAUCGCCAGUUGUUCUGCCGCCAAUUGUUGGACCGCCUGCUCUGGUUCCUGUCUCUGUUACCGCUGCGGAUGUAGUAUCACCAGGCAUUUCGGGAGCUACGGAGAAGCAGCCACUCGAGUUGGUUAGCAGUAACCUGAAACUUUUAUGCGAACCCUUGAAAAUUCACACUGGCUCGCUGUUAGGGGAGAUCUAUCGUCCGUCUUCCUCCACAAAUAGCCCAGAGACAAAAUCGUUGCUAGAAUCAUCGAUGGGCUUGGCCAAGAAUAGCGAACUAAGCGAAACCAUACAGAAACUGGAAUGUGCUAUACAGCAAAGAAAGACCCCAGUGGGUAUCGGUGGCGUUGGUGGUAGCUCUCUAUCCCUGACUGGAACACCGACUGCUGCACAUACGCCAAAUUCCACAGCGACAGUUGGAGCUGGUGGCUUUUCGGAUGAGUCUAUGGAUAGCACAGACUCGGAACGAAGACUUGUCAUUGAGGACUUGGCCGAAGAGCAGACAACUACAAAUGAUCAAAAGAGUCCCAAUUCGGAGGCAACGGCAGCGACAACAACAACAAUCGCCACAAAACCAGCAACUCCGACAGCAGCAACAUCAACAACAACAGAGCCAGUUAAAUUGGAACUACUAUCAUCUGGGUCCAAACAAUUGGAUAAUGUCCAGGCACCCAUUCCCCUCAAGCCGGCUACCAAUUUUGUUGGAAUCACCCAACCACCGCCAUUGGCAAAACUUCAUCAGACAAUCUCCAAAGAAUUGGCAGACAGUGAACAACCGUUGACUGUUAGUCCAUCCAUUAGUAAUCAGCAUUUGGCAUUGGGUGUGCCCAUUAUACUACCCGAAAUACCGGUUUCCGUGGUAAUGAGUCCAAAUCUGAUUGCCGCCGCUGCAUUGCGUCACAGUCCAGGAUCUGGAGCAGUGGCUGCUGUUCCUACAGCAGGUUCACCCUCAACUGCAGCUGCGAAAACGAUGUCCCCAGUCGUUAACGAAUCUUUAACUGGCGGACAAGUGAUACUCAAGCCAUAUACCGCUGGAGCUACAGCUACCGCUUCUGCCCAACCAUCCAGCUCAUCGGAGGAGACCCAAUCGAGUCAGGCAUCGAUUGCAGCUGCCGUGGCGGUACCACCACGUCCAUUUGUUAUGUAUCCCGCCAAGGAGGUUAUCCAAAGCUUAGUAGUGGCCCCGGCAGCCAGUUCACCAUUGAUCAGUGAUCCUCAUAAUGAAUCGAUCAAUUUACUUUGUGAAGAGACUAUACCUGGUAGUCCGGCUCCAAAUUAUAAUAGCAAGGAUGACCAAAUGCCCGCCACAAACGCGUCAACGACAACCACAACAACAUCUACGAUACCUUCUGUUGUGGCACCUGCUGGAUUGAAUGUUGUCGGCGUAACAGUCGGCAGUAUGCCCUCUGUUGCCGCCGCAUGCAACACAUUGUCCCUGUCCGGGAUUAGUCCUUUGCCGCCUGAUACACCGCCACCAAGUGGCACUAUUAAUGUAAUUUUGAAUCCCCAACAACAACAGCAGCAGCAGCAGCAUCAUCAGCUACCAUCACAAUCCACAGCGGUUGUCUCAUUGGUCCCGGUGCCAGUAGCUGCUGCAAAUGCUGCUGUUGCUGCCGCCGCCGCUGUCGGUGGUGUCACCUCCACGUCUGCCCCAAAUAGCUCACCCGAUUCGGCAAGCCAAGAUGAUAGUGGCGAGGACAUUGCAAGCAAUAAGAAGCCCACAAUCGAGUUGGAGCAAGAAAAUGCCACAAAUGCCGCUUGCAUAGCUGUAACUGAACCUGUAGGUAAUGCUGUUGCUGGUACAAAACGAAAACGGACAAGGAAACAGGUCCAGGACCAAGUAAAUGCUGCAGCCGCCGCUGCAACGUCAACGGUAACCUCAUCGUCAGCAGCAGCAACUGCUGCCGGCGAUUUGCAAACGUUGGGCAAACGCCGACGCCAGGCGGCCAAUUUGCAGCGCAAGAUUACAGCAACAACAACAGCUGGCUCCGAUACCGAUGAUGCUUCCGAUAAUGUGGCCAACACACCACAACAACAGCAACGUCAUAGCACACGCCAGCAAUUGUUGCCGCAAAAUUCGAGUCAGCAACAGCAACAGCAGUUGCAACAUCAUCAUCAGCAGCAGCAACAGUCACAGUUGCAGCAGCAGCAGCAGCAACAGUCUGGCAAUAGCAAUGCAUCAGGAGUGAGACCAUGUCCAUACAAUUUCCUUGUAGAAUUGGAUCCGUCGCUUAGCUCCGAUCAGUGUAUCUCGAUAUUGCGGAAACAGAUUCAGGAUUUGCGCAAAACCUAUACCGUUAUAAAGGGCGAAUUGGCCAUCAUUGACAGGAGAAGGAAAAAGAUGAGACGCCGCGAACGUGAGAAGAAGCAACAGCAAAUCCAAAGCCAACAGCAGGGUAAAGUGUGUGCCUAGAGAAGGCUUACCCUGCUGCAUGGCGGGGUAUAGGGACGGGGAAAGAUGCAACCGCAUAAAUGAAUAAGUGAAAAAAAAAAAACAAUCAAUGUAUAAGUUGUAUUAUGUAUAUUCAAAUUCAAACAGAAACUCUAUAUAUAUAUAGUAU